UCUUCUGUCACUGUGCCCAAGAUGCUAGAGAAUCUCCUGUCUCAGAGGAAAACAAUCUCAGUAAGGGGCUGUAUGGCUCAGGUCUUCUUUGUAUUUGUCACUGCAGGGACUGAAGCCUGUCUGCUUUCAGUGAUGGCCUAUGACUGCUAUGCAGCUAUUUGCCACCCUCUGCUCUAUGGACAGAUCAUGAGUAAACAGCUGUUUAUGCUGCUUGUUUGGGGCUCCUGGGGACUGGGCUUUCUGGAUGCACUCAUCAAUAUCCUCCUAGCUAUGGACUUGGUGUUCUAUGAAGCCCAAGUCAUUCAUCAUUACAGUUGUGAGAUACCCUCUAUCUUACCACUCUCCUGCUCUGAUGUCUCCAGGAACAUCAUUGCCUUGCUCUGUUGCACCCUUCUACAUGGGCUGGGAACCUUCGUCUUGGUCUUUCUAUCCUAUGCACACAUCAUUUCCACCAUCCUGAGCAUCAGCUCCACCUCAGGCAGAAACAAGCCCUUCUCCACCUGUUCCUCCCACCUCACUGCAGUGACACUUUACUAUGGUUCAGGUUUGCUCCGCAAUCUUAUGCCAAACUCAGGUUCCCCCAUGGAGCUGAUCUUCUCUGUGCAGUACACUGUGGUAACUCCCAUGCUGAAUCCCCUCAUCUACAGCCUGAAGAACAAGGAGGUGAAGGCAGCUAUGAGAAGAACUUUGGAAAAGUAUUUGCAAUGUAUCAGGUGCUGCAAUAAAGACAGAGGAUGGUAG